GGAAAUUUUAGUUCUCAGACUCAAGUUAUACACAUCUUUAGCCUUCUUUCAAACUGCCUUCUCACAUAACUUUGACAGGGCAAAUUGCAUAUUUUGGACUAGAGCUUUGAAUAUACCAUUUCCUCGUUCUUAUGUCUUCCCUGAGUCACUAGAUGAGCAAGGCAAAAGUUCUCUGUCCUGUAGCAGUGAAGCCGAUGCUACUGUAACUGGAAAUUCUGGUGAAACAUCUAUUCAUUCACUGAACGUCAAAAGUGAGGAUCAUGUUAUCGUGGAGAACACGGCUGAUGGUGCUUACAAAUUAGCCAGUGCAGAGACUGUCUGGGUUGAGGGCCUUGUUCCUGGAAUUGAUUUUUGUAAUCAUGGUUUGAAGGCAGCUGCAACAUGGGAGGUUGAUUCAACGGGAGCUGUGACUGGAGUUCCUGCUUCUAUGUAUCUCAUUCUUGCUGAUCAGCAAAAUUUUGAAGUUGGGAAGGAGAUAUGUAUCAGCUAUGGUAACAAAGGCAACGAGGAGCUGUUGUACCUUUAUGGGUUUGUUGUUGAUAACAAUCCAGAUGAUUAUCUCAUGGUUCAUUAUCCCGUUGAAGCAUUAAAGAGUGUUUCAUCAUCAGAUAGCAAAGCGGAACUUCUAGAAGCUCAGAAAGCUGAACUGAGAUGUCUCCUACCUAAAAGUUCGCUCAAUCAUGGUUUCUUCAGUGAAAGAAAUGAAGAUAGUAAGAAAAGCUUGGUCGGCCAGAGCUAUAAUUAUAGCUGGAGUGGUCAGCGCAAAGUUCCUUCAUAUUUGAGCAAGCUGGUUUUCCCACAAGAGUUCCUUGUGGCUUUGCGGACUAUUGCAAUGCAGGAACAUGAGCUUAGGCAAGUUGUUUCAUUACUAGAAGAGCUUGGUGCAUCUGGGGAGGAAAGACAACCAUCUGAUAAAGAUAUACAAACAGCUAUAUGGGAAGUCUGUGGGGAUUAUGGAGCCUUGGAACUGCUUGUUGAACUUCUUCGCAUGAAGAUGACGGAACUUGAAGAGGGAUCUGGAACAGAAGAUUAUGAUGAUGAAAUUCUUACAAAUUUCUCCAUCAUGAAACUUGAAGAUGUUGAGAGGAGCAAAAGGACAAGUGAAGGGGUGUCAAUGAGCAGAACUCGAUGGUCCUGUGUGGUGUAUAGGAAAGGCCAAAAGCAGCUCACUCGCCUGUUUCUGAGGGAAGCCGAACAAGCACUGGAGCUCUGUGCAAGAGAACAGCCAUAAGCAAUGCUACCUUCUUAGCUGCUGCUUCAUCUAUAAACUUUUCUACCUUAGCUUAUUAGUUCACUAGAAAGAGAUCCUUUUUGACAUUAAAGUAAUAAGCUAUUUACAUUGUUCUUUUAGAAGCUGUUCUCACAAUUGAAUUUGUCAAACUGGCUUAAUCCUCAUUAUUAUCUUUUUUCACAAGAAAAAUAUUACUUAAUUUUGAAUCUUAUUGAGUAUUAUGCUCCA